GAGAGGGGAGGAGGUACGGGUCGUAGCCAAGCCCAAGACCCAGAUCCGGAGCUGGCUAGGAUUGACUCAGCCCCCAAACUCGGCUCCGUACCCGCGCGGAUUGCAGGCCCCGGAGCGGAUGGAGGAGGCCAAGUCCUGAGAUCAGCGCCAGCCCGGUCGGCGGGGGGCCACAGGGCGGGCAGGCAGGCGUGCUGAAGCCGCCUCGGGCCUUCUUUCAGGUCCCCGUGAGGGGCCAACCUCGGGCCCCGCGACCACACUCGGCCCCGUGUGACUGGAGCCGCCCCAACCGGAAGUGGAGCCUUCACCGGGGCCAUAGGCCAGUGACUAGGCCGAGCCCGGGCCUCCCGACGGGGCCGGACUGGAACAAGGCCCCGGGGAGGCCCCGAGCCCACUAAACCCUUCCCGCAAGUCGACUCCGCCGGGAAGAUGCAGCGCGCCUUGCCGGGCGCUCGCCAGCACUUGGGGGCCAUCCUGGCCAGCGCCAGCGUGGUGGUGAAAGCCCUGUGCGCUGCGGUACUAGUCCUCUACCUGCUGUCCUUCGCCGUGGACACAGGCUGCCUGGCGGUCACCCCAGGCUACCUCUUUCCACCCAACUUCUGGAUCUGGACCCUGGCCACCCAUGGGCUGAUGGAGCAGCACGUGUGGGAUGUGGCCAUCAGCCUGGCCACAGUGGUGGUGGCAGGACGUUUGCUGGAGCCUCUCUGGGGGGCCUUGGAGCUGCUCAUCUUCUUCUCGGUGGUGAAUGUAUCUGUGGGGCUGCUGGGGGCCUUUGCCUACCUCCUCACCUACAUGGCUUCCUUCAACCUGGUCUACCUUUUCACUAUCCGCAUCCACGGUGCCCUGGGCUUCCUUGGGGGAGUCCUAGUGGCACUCAAGCAAACCAUGGGGGAUUGCGUGGUCCUGCGAGUGCCCCAGGUGCGGGUCAGUGUGGUGCCCAUGCUGCUGCUGGGGCUGCUGCUGCUGUUGCGGCUAGCCACUCUGCUUCAGAGCCCAGCCCUGGCCUCAUACGGCUUCGGGGUGCUGUCCAGCUGGGUGUAUCUACGCUUCUACCAGCGCCAUAGCCGGGGCCGAGGGGACAUGGCUGACCACUUUGCAUUUGCCACCUUCUUCCCUGAGAUCCUGCAGCCCGUGGUGGGGCUGUUGGCGAACUUGGUGCAUGGGCUCCUGGUGAAGGUGAAGCUCUGCCAGAAGACAGUGAAGCGCUAUGAUGUGGGCGCCCCGUCCUCCAUCACCAUCAGCCUCCCAGGCACAGACCCUCAGGACGCAGAGCGGAGAAGGCAACUGGCCCUGAAGGCCCUGAAUGAGCGGCUGAAGAGAGUGGAAGACCAGUCUGUCUGGCCCAGCAUGGAUGAUGACGAAGAGGAGGCUGGGGCCAAGGUGGAGAACUCGCUGCCUUCAGACAAGGCUCCCACACUACCAGGAAAGGGGGCUCUCCCAGAAUCCAGCCUAAUCACCUUUGAGGCAGCUCCCCAAAAGCUGUAACUCCAGACCACCUCAAGUGUAACGCCUCUUCGCCCAUGCUCCCCUUGACCCCCUCUCCACUACUCCGGAGCUCCAAGCGCUCUGAGGAGAGGGAAGAAGGCCCACUGGAGAUCUUUAUGGCCUUCUGUUUCUUGCCAACACUACCCAGGAUUCUUGUUACCUGGUUCCAACUCAGUCAACCACUAUGCCAGGAACGGGAUUUCUAAGGCAUCAGACAGUCCCAGGCCAUCUGAGGUAAGACUGUAUUCCAGCAGGCAGCCCCAAACAAGGGACACAGGUGCCACAACUCCCAAGUCAGCCUUCACAUCUGAGACUGGUUGCCGAGAGCCCUAGAGCCAGGGCAGGAAAUUGCCAAAAGAAAAACGACAUAUUGUGGCGAAGCAGGAGCAAGCCCUGAGUUGUGCAUCCCUGCCCACCCCAGAAAGACUAUGUUCACAUCAAGAUUUGAUUCCCUGGACUGGGGCGGUGACUGCUUCUGGGCCAGAGCAGCCACGGUCCCCAGGUAUUUUCUACAGGACCACUUGAUCGGGCAGCCACGCCCAGCCUCGCAGUAUCAAUAAAGCAGUUCUUUGAGGUA